CACAAGUAUUUCACGGUCUAAACAAUCAAAGAGUGGAUACUUUAGUUGUUUAUUUAAUACACUUAGUUUUCAAAAGUUUACCAACUUAUAUAAAUUCCUUAAAUAUACUAUUACGUAUAUAGACAUUUAUUUACGGAAAACAAAAAACGAUCUUUCAAAGUAGAGGAAUGUGUACAUAAACUCACUGUGGUAUUAAGAAAACGUCAUCAGCGGUGCUCCGUGGUACAGAGCAAGUACAGAGAAAGAAAUUGAGAAAGCAGCAUAAAAUUUAGAAGAAGUGAUAACACUUCUAAUGUAAAACCUACUCAAUAAAGAUUCUACAAACGUAGUUCAAAGAAAGAUAAAAGAGCGCUGGAGGAAAUAAAAGCCAAUAACCAAUAACUCGAAGUGAGACAGAACACACAGGCGGCUGAAAAUUGAACUGAACGCACUACCCCGAGCAUUUGCCAUUGACCUUUAUUUGACAUUUAUAAAAACGGCAGCAGAACGUUUUGUAGAAAAGCAAGUCUGUGAGCCGCCUGUGGCCAUCCAUUUGUUCAUUGUGGUGUAUACGCAGAGCUAAAAGCAGUCAAAUUGCAACUUUCGGCCAGAUGAAUAGGCGAAUUUCUCGGGUUGAGUCCGGUGCGGACUUAAAGGAUUAUUUUGACCGCGGUGACAUUGCGUCGCGCGAGAAUCGUUGGAACUUUGAAAUAGCAUGGGAGGUAGCUAACAAAGUUGGAGGUAUCUAUACGGUAAUACGUUCGAAAGCGUAUGUUUCCACUGAAGAGAUGGGUGAGCAGCUUUGCUUAAUGGGUCCUUACAAAGAGCACUGCGCACGCACGGAAAUGGAGGAAAUGGAGUUUCCUCGCGGUAAUCCACUUCUGGAAGCAGUGAAUACUAUGCGAUCGCGCGGUUACAAAAUCCACACAGGACGUUGGUUGGUCGACGGUAACCCACAACUCAUACUAUUCGACAUUGGAUCUGGUGCAUGGAAACUAGACCAAUUCAAAUCGGAAUUGUGGGAGAAAUGUCAUAUCGGCGUACCACAUUUAGAUGUUGAAACGAACGAUGCAAUCAUAUUAGGCUUUAUGAUUGCUGAAUUUCUUGAAGAGUUUCGAAACCGUGCUUUGGAUUACUCCAGUGCCCAUGACUUGCAGACCCCACGCAUUGUGGCUCACUUUCACGAAUGGCAGGCGGGUGUUGGUUUGAUCGCUCUACGAACGAAGCACAUAGAAGUCGCCACAGUUUUCACUACCCACGCGACACUUUUGGGUCGUUACCUCUGUGCUGGCAAAACUGACUUCUAUAAUAACCUGGGCAAGUUUGCUGUAGAUGAAGAAGCGGGAAAAAGACAAAUUUACCACCGGUAUUGUAUUGAAAGAGCUGCCACUCAUUUGUCUCAUGUGUUCACAACAGUAUCUGAGAUUACGGGCUAUGAAGCGGAGCAUUUGCUAAAGCGAAAGCCUGAUAUCAUUACACCUAAUGGUCUUAAUGUGAAAAAGUUUUCUGCCAUACAUGAAUUCCAAAACCUGCACGCAGUUGCAAAGGAAAAGAUUAACGAAUUCGUUCGAGGACAUUUUUAUGGACAUAUGGACUUCGAUUUGGAUAAGACACUUUACUUUUUUAUUGCUGGUCGCUAUGAAUUUGGAAAUAAAGGUGCUGAUAUCUUCAUAGAAUCAUUGGCUCGGCUCAAUGCAAUGUUAAAACACGAAAAACCUGAUACGACUGUUGUUGCGUUCCUCAUUUUUCCUACUAAAGUCAACAAUUUUAAUGUGGACUCGCUACGUGGGCACGCUGUUAUUAAGCAGUUGCGCGAUACCAUCAAUAAUGUUCAAAAUUCUAUGGGGAAACGUAUGUUUGACUCGUGUGUGAAAGGCCAUAUUCCAGGUCCGGACGAAUUACUAACAAAGGAGGAUUUAGUCAAAAUUAAGCGGUGUAUGUUUGCUAUGCAAAGAGAUUCAAUGCCGCCAGUAACGACACACAAUAUAGUUGACGACUGGAAUGAUCCUGUUUUAGGCUCUAUUCGCCGGUGUAAUCUAUUCAACUCAGUGCAUGAUAGAGUGAAAAUGGUUUUCCACCCAGAGUUUUUGACAUCCACAAAUCCGCUAUUUGGUAUUGAUUAUGAAGAAUUCGUGCGUGGUUGCCAUUUAGGAGUAUUUCCUUCAUAUUACGAACCUUGGGGAUACACUCCAGCGGAAUGUACUGUUAUGGGUAUUCCCAGUAUAACUACAAACUUGUCUGGUUUUGGUUGUUUUAUGAACGAACAUAUAUGUGACCCGAAGUCAUAUGGUAUCUAUAUCGUGGACCGUCGAUAUAUUGGCUUAGAGAACAGUGUCCAGCAGCUUUCUGGCUUUAUGAUGGAGUUUGCAAGGUUAAACCGACGACAACGUAUAAUUCAGAGGAACCGAACAGAGCGCCUCAGUGAUCUUUUGGAUUGGAGAACAUUGGGAAUUUAUUACCGCCAAGCUAGAGUUAAGGCACUUCAGGCAGUAUAUCCAGACUAUGUAGACGAGGGGUCUCUUUACAGCUCAAGAAGCACAUUGAACUUUUCUAGGCCUUUCAGUGAACCGCCAAGCCCUACGUCUUCCAGACACACAACACCCGCUCCAUCAGUCCAUGGUUCUGACGACGAAGAUUCUGUAGACGAUGAGAAAGAGUUGAAGGAAUUAGGAAUUAAGUAAUGGCGUAAAAAUGUUCCUGAUAGAGAAAUAUUGCAUUGUUUCAGACAGUAAAAUUACAAUUUACUCACAUAUUACUACUGCAUACAUUGCUAACUAUAUUAACAUUCAUUUUUAGUAAGAUUUUUAAAUGCAGUUAUAUGGUUAAAUGUUAUCUAGCAAUUAGAGAUCUAAAUUAUUUUAUAAAUGUUAAAUUAUUGUAACAAUCUGUAAUACAACAAUACAUAGCUGGAUAAACUCAAUCUCCAACGCACGUGAAAACAUACAAUUAAAUUAUUGUAAUGGAAGAAAGAAGACUAGGAACAAUCUGUAAUACAAAAAUAGCUGCAAGAACACAAUCUAGAACCUACGUACAAAUACAAUUGUAAAAUUCAACUAACUACUUAGAAAACUUGUAUAUGAAAUAUAAACCGAAGCAAUAUACAAUAAUAAUCAAAUAUUUACUCUUACACUUAUCGUAAGCAAAACUGUUUGGCAGGGCAUAUUUGAAAAAUAUAUAAUAUUUGGCAAAUUUCUAAUUAAAA